CCAUUUUUUGUUUACUUCGGGCUCCCCCCCCCCGGUACGUUCAGUCACGAAAUCCAAUAUGGCUGCCAAUGUGGAAGUUCAAAAUUCAGCUGCUAGUUCAGAACUUCGAAGGUUAACAAAUAGAGCCAAUAAGGAUAAAGGGCAGUGGUUUGAUGAUAGUGAUGAUAGCAGUGACAAUAAAAGUGAGGAAGAGGAUAAUCAUGAAGAUUUACUGCAGAAAAUUAAAUCUCUUGACAAGAAAGGAAAUCUAAAAAGGCGUAAAGGACCAUUGAGAUCAGAACCAAACAAAAGUGUAUCAGAGUUUCAUCUAAAAUCUGAAGGUGAUGAUAGUCAUGUCAACCUUGGUGAUCUUGUUGGUUCAUUGCAAGCCUCAAGUUAUAACAGUAAACUAAAAAAAACACUGGAAAGACUACAGAAUGUUGGAAGAACUGUUGAAGUUCCUUUGGCAAAGAAAACAGCUGAACAUAUUCAAAGAGUUGUUGCUUAUAAAGAAACCUCCAAAGAUAUCAGUAAAUGGGAUGCAACUGUUCAAAAGAACAGACGUGCAGAACAAUUGUCAUUUCCAUUAGAUCCAUACAAACCUGCUGAAAUGACUGCUACAACAUUGGCAACAACUUUUAAGCCUCGUACUCCGUUGGAACAAGAGAUUGCAAGUGUGCUUCAGAACAGUUCACAAAUGUUGGAACGAGAAGACAAAGAGUUGAGUCUUGAGGAGGAAGAGGCUUUGAAGAAUAUGAGCUUAGAAGAAGCGCUGGAAAGACGUCAUGAGCUGCAGAAAUUGCGAGCUUUACAAUCAUAUUAUGAACAAAAAUGUCGAAGAAUGAAGAAAAUUAAGAGUAAAAAAUAUCAUCGUAUCAAACGAAGAGCAGAGAAAAGAGCCAAUACCAAAUCAUUUGAACAAUUGCAAAAAGAAAAUCCUGAAGCUGCUCAGGCUGAGCUGGAAAAAGCGGAAAAACUACGCAUUCAGGAAAGAAUGAGCUUAAAACAUCGAAAUACUUCAAAAUGGGCCAAAAACAUCAUCACAAAAGGCAUCAACGAUACUCAGGCCCGACAAGCUCUUUCGGAGCAGCUUCGGAUAAGCCGACAAUUAACCGAGACGAAAACUAUGGAGUCGGAUAGCGACGAAGAUGAGGCGAAGAAGGACGUAGAUACGGCAGAGACUCCCGAGAAUAUAAGGAAUUUUGGACUGUUCGGUGAUAGUUCUGAAAAUCCUUGGUUUUUGAGUGACGGGAAAGGAAAAGAUGGCGAAGAUAAAGAGACUACGGAACUUGGGCAGAAGAAGGAACGAUUAAGAAAGCUGGAGCCUGUGACAGCCGAGGAAACUGAGGAAAGACAAGAUGAAGACUCGGAGAAUUCUGAUCAAGAUGAAACGUUUGAAUUGAGAGUGAAUGUGAGCUAAAGAAAUUGGAAGGAAGGGAAAAAGACUAGAAAGAAGAAGAGGAAGUUGGAAGAGACGAAUGAGGAAGGGGAUGGGGAUGGAAAAGCGAAGAAGAAAUUGAAAGGGAAGAAGAAGAAAACUGUUUCAAAAGAAAAUACUGGGGAAGAGGUUGAUGUUGGGAAGGAAACACAAGGAAAUGAAGUUGUCGACCACGAGGAUGGAAAGAAACGGAAAAUGAAGAAGAAAAAAUCCCUUUCAAAAGGAAGCACGAUUGAAUUGAAUGAUUUUGAUGAGACGACCCCUCGAAAGAAAAAGAAGAGAAAGUCUACGGCUGAAAGUACCGUGAAAGAAAAAUCAAAGAAAAGUAAAAAGGCGAAGAUUGUGGAAAGUCCGACAGAGGAGGAUAGAACUGAACAUGAACGAACAUAUGAGGGUAAUAAUGAACGUUUAUUGAUAGAAAACGAGGGGAUAGAAGAGCAGGAAAGUUCGCAGUUUACGGAGUUGAACUCGGAAGUAGUUGAUUCUACAGAAACAGUCUCUGAUGUAAAGACUGGGUUAAAUCCAAGGAAUGUUUUCCAAAUUGAAGAUUUGGGAAGAGAAAAUGACUUGUCCAACUACGCUCGUGAUGAUAGCGAUGAUGAUAUGAACGCUCAGAGAAUGACGAUUCAAGAAGCCUUUGCUAAUGAUGAUGUCAUCGAGGAGUUCGUGAAAGAAAAGCAGGAUGCAGCUGAAGCAAGCAAACCAAAGGAUCUGGAUCUAAGUUUACCAGGUUGGGGAGACUGGGGUGGACCAGGAAUCGAUGAGAGAAAGCGAAGAAAGAAGUUUGUAGUUCCUGCAAAACCAGCAGCUCCUCGGAAAGACUCCAAACUAGCGCAUGUUAUUAUCAAUGAAAAAAGAGAUAAGAAGUUUGCUAAGAAUCAGGUCAGCCAACUGCCGUUUCCUUUCACAUCACGUGAGCAAUGGGAGAGCAGUGUUCGCGUGCCUUUGGGAAAAGACUGGAACACAACAUCAGUUCACCAGAAGCUGGUCAAACCGCGUAUCGUUACCUUACCUGGUACUAUUAUUGACCCUAUCAAAUCAGCAAAACCUGUUCAACAAUCUGGUGUUAUUGAGGACAAAAGAAAACCACGUCAAAACAAUAUCAAAACUAUGAGAUCUGGGCUUGAAAUUCACGAUUAAUAACCUCACA